GCGGGGCCAAGACCUUUUCCUCAGAAUGUCUGCGAGUCAAGAGAGCCGACCCAGAGAUAAUGGCCCCGAUGGGAUGGACCCCGAUGGCGUCAUUGAGAGCAACUGGAAUGAAAUUGUUGACAGCUUCGAUGACAUGAACUUAUCGGAGUCCCUCCUGCGAGGCAUCUAUGCGUACGGGUUUGAGAAGCCCUCUGCCAUCCAACAGCGAGCCAUUCUCCCUUGUAUCAAGGGUUACGAUGUGAUUGCCCAAGCCCAGUCUGGAACUGGGAAAACAGCCACUUUUGCCAUCUCCAUCUUGCAACAAAUUGAGCUGGACCUGAAGGCGACCCAGGCCUUGGUGCUGGCCCCAACGAGAGAGCUGGCCCAGCAGAUCCAGAAGGUGGUGAUGGCCCUGGGAGACUACAUGGGCGCCUCGUGCCACGCCUGUAUAGGAGGGACGAACGUCCGGGCCGAAGUUCAGAAGCUGCAGAUGGAGGCCCCCCAUAUCAUAGUUGGCACCCCCGGGCGGGUGUUCGACAUGCUGAACAGGAGAUACCUGUCACCCAAGUUUAUCAAGAUGUUUGUGCUCGACGAAGCCGACGAAAUGCUGAGCCGGGGUUUCAAGGACCAGAUCUAUGACAUUUUCCAGAAGCUGAGUGGGAACACGCAGGUGGUGCUCCUGUCUGCCACGAUGCCCAUGGACGUCCUGGAAGUGACCAAGAAGUUCAUGCGGGACCCCAUCCGCAUCCUGGUCAAGAAGGAGGAGCUGACCCUGGAGGGCAUCCGGCAGUUCUACAUCAACGUGGAGCGGGAGGAGUGGAAGCUGGACACCCUGUGCGAUCUGUACGAGACCCUCACCAUCACCCAGGCGGUGAUCUUCAUCAACACCCGGAGGAAGGUGGACUGGCUCACAGAGAAGAUGCAUGCCCGGGACUUCACCGUCUCCGCCAUGCAUGGAGACAUGGACCAGAAGGAGCGCGACGUCAUCAUGCGGGAGUUCCGCUCCGGCUCCAGCCGCGUCCUGAUCACAACGGACUUGCUGGCUCGUGGAAUUGAUGUGCAGCAGGUGUCCCUGGUCAUCAACUACGACCUGCCCACCAACCGUGAGAACUACAUCCACAGGAUCGGUCGAGGUGGCCGCUUUGGACGGAAAGGAGUCGCGAUCAACAUGGUGACGGAAGAGGACAAGCGCACGCUGCGCGACAUUGAGACUUUCUACAACACCUCCAUCGAGGAGAUGCCGCUCAACGUGGCCGACCUCAUCUGAGCCGCCUCGCCGGGGGCCCGCCGUGCCUGUAACAGCCUCUCCCUGGGCACAGAAUUCCCUGCCCUGUUCUAUUUUUGAGUUUUCUUGCCUUUUGAAUAAAUGUCACUUUUGGAGGCAAAAUGAAAUCUUUCGUGUUUACUGGCGCUUUUCUCUCUGUCUCAGUAUCUUCCCUUCUCCCACUUCUUGUGACUUCAUUUCGUAGCUCAGUUGUCCAGCUUAGCUCUUGAAUCCAGAGCCCAAGUCAGGUAUUAUUUUGCGUGGGGGGGACGCGAUCGAAAGCUUGGAUUCCCAGCUUCUCAUCUCCUCACCUUUUGUGCCAGGCCACCAAAAACUUUGUAGUUCAAAAGCUUUCUACAGAAUUGUGGUGCUAAUGAAAGACGAAAAAGCUUGAGAAUCUAAAACCUACCUCAGUAAGGUCAUGGUUUUUGUUUCUCCCUGCCUAAAAUCAUUGGUUUAAACAAAUUGCCAGAUGUUUUCCUUUAAACGAAACGAGACCUUUUCCCAUCAUUUUCUUAACAUAAAAACCUUAAAAAAUUGAAAAUUUUCAUACAGCAAAAAAAAAAUCUGUGUGUGCAACUUACUUUUUUGUAUAGCUAUUAUUUAUUCAAAAGGAAAGUUACAGUGACCAAAAUAAACGUGAUCUUGAGAAAACA